AUGUUGAAAAGUCAGCAGACAUCAAAUCUAAAUAUAAGCUCCAAACGUUUUGCUGAAUUUAUAUCAAAGCUUAACAUAAACGACAAAAAAAUUAGUCCACAAAUCCAGAUCAGGCCUCAAAGCUUCAAAAGAAUGAAAAGAUUUACACCAUCACAAGCAUCAUUAUCUAAUGAAAACUCUCCUGCAAAAAGAGCACAAAGUGCUAAGCCUUAUGACAGAAUGAUAGAGCAACGAUCAAUUACCCCUAACGAUCUCCUUAUGAAAAUAUUCUGUUCACAAGAAGACGAAGAAAGACGAAAACAUGAUGAAUAUUUAGCCCAUGUCAGAGAAGUUACAGAUAUGCUUGAAGAGUCUCCAUUCCUUCAAGAGUACCAAAAAGUACUUGAAAUUGAAGAAAACAUCCAUAAAAUGAUUUUAUCUAAAAUGAACCAUCUAAACAACCUUAUUUCCUUGAUUGAUUACAAUUAUGACAUUGCAUCAAAACCAAAUUCGCCUAAUUUUUUAUCAAAAAUAUUAUAUUCAAUGAUAACAGAGCCAAAACAUAAUACUUGUGACAUUAACCAGAUGACCAAAAACAUCGAGAAGACGUUUACUAAUAAAAAAACCUCAGAAAAUCAAGUAAUUGAUUUUUCUUUUCUUGGAUUUAUAGAGAAAUGCGAGAAAUGUGGAAAUUCGUAUUAUUUGAAUACAAAGAAUGAGUUGUUCAUAUGCAAGGAUUGCGAAACUGGAAAAGAGCCUAAUAGAAUUGAGGGAGUUUGCUUGAUGAUUCAAUGUGAUAGUAAAAAUAUAUCAAUACCAAAGCCUCCUAGUACACAUAGAAAAAAUACGGAGGACUUAGGCUUAUUAACAGAGAGGAGUAUGCCAAGCAGACCUUCAACAGCUCGAAAAGUAAGACAAAAAUUUUCAUUGAAAGAUCUUAAAGAAGAUAUUGAAACUUCUAAUACUUUAGCUAUUUCAGGAUAUGGCAAAAAAUGAAAUUUAAAGCUCGGAUCACCUAUAAAAAUUAUUUUACCAAAUUUAAUGUUAUAUGAAAGUGACUCAUUUCAUGAUAGAAUUACAAUCAGUAACAAAAAUGAUGAGCUAACAGCCUAUAGCCCAGAAAAAACAGAAAAUAUUGUAGAGCCAACCCCUGAAGAGCUUCUCCAAGUCUGUAAAAAAAUGAAAGAAAAAGCAAAAUAUUUUAAUAGAGACAUUUUAUCAUUAUUAGAAAAUCAAUGCAACGAAAAGAUAAAUAAUGAAGAACUUAGUAAAAAGGUUGAGUAUUGAAUAGGGGAAUAUUCAAGACAUUUACGGAUAAUUAUUCGAGGGAUUGCGGAGUUUAUCCCAGAGUAUUCUACAGCUCUAGAAAAAUGCUUAAAAGGGAUUUUCCUUCUUUGUGAAUGAGUAGUAGGAGCAAAUAAUGAAAAAAUUAAAGAAAUCAAGCUAGAGCUUGACCAAGAGAGAGUAAAUAAAGCAGAAAAUAUAGAAGCUCAACAUGAAAUUAAAAUGAUAAAAUCAGAUAUGAUUGCAAAAGAAAAAAAAUAUUUAGAAAAAAUUGACUCACUAAAGCUCGUCAAGCGAAAGUAUGAAAAUAUAAUUUCUCUAUAUGAGAAAGAGCUUGAAAAGCAUGAGUUUGAUAAAGAAAAAAGUGACAUUACAGAAACUCCUCGUCCUCAAAGGAAGACAUUUAUCGAGAAAAUUGAUUUAGAAAAAGAGUUAAAAGGAUUGAAAAGAUCAUUUGUAUUACUGAAUUCAGUCAUGAAAAAAUAA